CCUCACUAAACUAGUUCUUCAACGACGAGGGUGGAUGAUGGAGGCUUUGAUUCGAGAAAAGGCAUAGAUUUUGUCCCCACCAAUUACUUUUCUGCAUUUCGUUUGGAUCAAUUGUGAUGACACUUUGUGAGAUUAAUCACACGUGAAAAACUAUCACAUGCAUCAAGACAUGAUGUUUUUGGAUUCGACAAUGGGGAUCCCAUGAUGACAUAGUUGUGUGUGUGAGAUUCAUGCGCAAACAAUGAAUCCAAGGUGUGAAGAAACAACGAGGGAUUCAGAGAUAUUUUAUUUAAGUUGGAAGUGUAUAUGGCAUCUCGUGAGAGGAAUUAGGACACCAUGUCAAAUUGGAUUUCAUGGUGUGCCGGUAACAUAAGAUAUAGUUUCUGAUCACGUACGUUUGAUGUGUCAUGUUAUAACGUGUUUACGUUGUUGGGGAACACACGCAAGAGGAAAUUGGUUAGAGAGCAUAGAGAGAAAUUAGGAGUGAGGUGCAGAAAGCAAGAAAAUAGAGGGGAGAUAGUUGCAGAGGAGGGGUUAGCAUAGGUUGGAUCUUCUUCUUGUGAAAAAGCCACGUGAUUGUGAAGCCUCUUCUGCAACGACACUUUCCCGGGGCCACUCCCAUUGUUUUUGCAACUUCCAAUCUUGAUAACAAGAAAGACCAACAUAACAUUAUAUAUAUACAUAGCAAGUUUCUUUCAGUUAGAGAUAGAUACCUAAGCAAGAUAAUUUACUCAUUGCACCCUUGGAGAUUGAAUUUUUUUUAGUUAUUUGUUCCACAUUGGUUGGUAGAUUCUGGUGAUGCAAUCCCAGUUUUGAGUAGCUGAUCCUCGGUUUCAUUUGGGUGCAUAACAUUUUAUUAACAAUGGCUGGUCAACUCAGUUUUGUAGUGGGAUCCCACGUUUGGAUUGAGGAUCCAGAAGUAGCUUGGAUAGAUGCAGAAAUCCAGGAAUCUAAACAGGAUGAGAUCACGGUUAUCUAUGAAUCAGGCUCGAGGGUUGUGAGCAAAUCAGCUACCAUGUAUCCCAAAGAUCCAGAAUUCCCACCUAAUGGUGUGGAAGAUAUGACAAGACUGGCAUAUCUGCAUGAACCAGGAGUUCUUCGGAAUUUGCAUGUUCGAUAUGCCAUAAAUGAAAUUUAUACAUACACAGGAAAUAUAUUGAUAGCUGUGAACCCUUUUCAAAGGUUACCUCAUUUGUCUGAAACUAGUACCAUGGCAAGGUAUAAAGGUGCGGCUUUUGGUGAGCAGAGCCCACAUCCUUUUGCAAUUGCAAGUUCUGCAUAUAGCAAGAUGAUAAACGAAGAAAAAAGUCAAUCUAUUUUGGUUAGUGGAGAAAGUGGAGCUGGUAAAACAGAAAGUACAAAGAUGCUUAUGCAUUAUCUUGCCUUUUUGGGAGGGAGAGCAGCAACUGAAGGACGGUCUGUGGAGCAACAAGUUCUGGAGUCCAAUCCUGUUUUAGAAGCUUUUGGCAAUGCAAAGACUGUUAGGAACAACAAUUCGAGUCGUUUUGGUAAGUUUGUGGAGAUUCAGUUUGAUCAAAAGGGGAGAAUUUCAGGAGCUGCUAUCAGAACAUAUUUGCUGGAACGUUCCCGUGUCUGUCAAGUUUCUGAUCCCGAGAGAAAUUACCAUUGCUUUUAUAUGCUUUGUGCUGCACCAAAAGAGGAUGUUGGUAAGUACAAAUUGGGAAAUCCAAGAAAAUUUCAUUACCUUAAUCAAUCAAAUUGUAUUGAGCUGGAUGGGGUGGAUGAUUCUAAAGAGUACAUUGCUACUAAGAGAGCUAUGGAGGUUGUUGGGAUCAGCUCUGAUGAGCAGGAUGCUAUAUUUCGAAUAGUAGCAGCAGUGCUUCAUUUAGGAAACAUUGAAUUUGUUAAAGGUGGGGAAGAGGAACUGGAUUCCUCUCAGCCCAAGGAUGAAAAUUCCCAUUACCACCUAAAAGUCGCAGCUGAGCUUUUGAUGUGUGAUGAGAAGUCCCUUGAAGCCUCUUUCUGCAAACGUGUUAUGGUGACUCGUGGUGACACCAUAACAAAAUCGCUUGAUCCAACUUCUGCAGCUCUCAGUAGAGAUGCAUUGGCUAAAAUAGUUUAUUCAAGGCUUUUUGACUGGAUUGUGGACAAGAUUAACAACUCUAUUGGGCAAGAUCCAGAUUCAAAUAACUUGAUCGGGGUUCUAGAUAUAUAUGGAUUUGAGAGUUUCAAGACAAACAGCUUUGAGCAAUUUUGUAUCAAUUUGACAAAUGAGAAAUUACAGCAACAUUUCAACCAGCAUGUCUUCAAAAUGGAGCAAGAGGAAUAUACAAAGGAAGAGAUUGAUUGGAGUUAUAUCGAGUUCGUUGAUAAUCAAGAUGUUCUUGAUCUCAUAGAGAAGAAACCCGGUGGCGUUAUUGCUCUCCUGGAUGAGGCCUGCAUGUUUCCAAGAUCAACGCAUGAAACAUUUGCUGAAAAGCUAUAUCAAACAUUUAAAGACAACAAACGCUUCAGCAAGCCAAAAUUGUCUCGCACUGACUUCACCAUUAACCACUAUGCCGGAGACGUAACUUAUCAAACUGAUUUUUUCCUAGAUAAAAAUAAAGACUACGUUGUUCCAGAGCAUGCUGCUCUGCUCAGUGCUUCGAAGUGUCCCUUUGUUUCAGGGCUGUUCCCACCUUUACCAGAGGAAACUACAAAAUCAACGAAGUUCUCUUCUAUAGCCACCCAAUUUAAGCUACAACUGCAAUCUUUGCUUGAAACACUAAAUGCUACCGAGCCACACUACAUUCGGUGUGUAAAGCCAAAUAAUCUUCUGAAGCCAGGGAUAUUCGAGAACAAUAAUGUGUUGCAGCAGCUUCGAUGUGGAGGAGUAAUGGAGGCAAUUCGGAUAAGUUGUGCUGGAUAUCCCACUAGAAAGAGUUUUGAUGAAUUUGUUCAGCGGUUUACUAUCCUGGAACCUAAGGUUCUGAAAGCAUGCCCUGAUGAGAUGACUGCUUGCAAGAGGCUUCUAGAUAGAGCAAACCUUAAAGAUUAUCAGAUUGGAAAAACAAAAGUGUUUCUGAGAGCAGGUCAAAUGGCAGAACUUGAUGCAUGUCGUGCUGAGGUCUUGGGAAGAUCUGCAAGUGUUAUUCAGAGAAAAGUCCGCACGUUUCUUUGUCGGAAACACUUCAUUUUAUUGAAGUAUUCUGCCACAGAACUUGAAAGGGUUGCUAGAGGACAACUUGCACGACAUCAGUAUGAAUGCAUGAGGAGGGAAGCUGCUUCUUUGAAAAUCCAAAAAGACUUCCGCAUGUAUAUUUCAAGAAAUGCUUACAAAACUAUCUGUGCAACAGCUAUUUGUAUUCAAACUGGCAUGCGAGGGAUGGCUGCUAGAAAUGACCUUAGAUUCAGGAAAAGGACGCAAGCUUCAAUUGUUAUUCAGGGUCGCUACAGAGGUUAUUCAGCUCGUACUUACUAUAAGAAGCUAAAGAAAGCUACAAUUGCUACACAGUGUUCCUGGAGGAGAACAUUGGCACGUAGAGAACUUAGAAAGCUUAAAAUGGCUGCCAGGGAAGCCAAGGCACUUGAAGCUGCCAAACUUAAUUUGGAAAAGCAAGUUGAAGAAUUAACUUUGAGUCUAGAAACAGAGCAGAGAAUGAGGGAAGCCAAGACACAGGAAAAUGAAAAACUACAGCAUGCUUUGCAAGAUAAGGAGCUUCAGUUCCAAGAAACCAACGCAGCCAAGACACAGGAAAAUGAAAAACUACAGCAUGCUUUGCAAGAGAUGGAGCUCCAGUUACAAGAAACCAAGGAAGCCAAGACACAGGAAAAUGAAAAACUACAGCAUGCUUUGCAAGAGAUGGAGCUUCAGUUACAAGAAACUAAAGCAGCACUCAUUCAGGAACGAGACACUGCCAAGAAAGUAGCUGAGGAAACACCAACUAUACAGGAGAAUUCUGUUAAUGUUGUUGACAAUGAAUUGAUCAAUAAGCUUACUGCAGAAAAUGAACAACUCCAGAAUGCUUUGCAAGAGAUGGAGCUUCAGUUACAAGAAACUAAAGCAGCACUCAUUCAGGAACGAGACACUGCCAAGAAAGUAGCUGAGGAAACACCAACUAUACAGGAGAAUUCUGUUAAUGUUGUUGACAAUGAAUUGAUCAAUAAGCUUACUGCAGAAAAUGAACAACUCAAGGAAAUCCCUGUUAAUGUUACUGACAAUGAGUUGAUCAAUAAACUUACUUCAGAAAAUGAACAUCUUAAGGAAAUCCCUGUUAAUGUUACUGACAAUGAGUUGAUCAAUAAACUUACUUCAGAAAAUGAACAUCUCAAGGAACGGAUUAGUUCAUUGGAAAAGAAAACUGCACUGGAGAUCCCGGCUAAUUUUACUGAGAAUGAGCUCAUCAAUAAACUUACUGCAGAAAAUGAACAACUUAAGGAGCAGGUUAAUUCAUUGGAGAAAAGAAUUGAUGAAACAGAGAGGAAAUAUGAUGAAUGUAGCAAGCUUAGUGAGGAGCGCAUGAAUCAAAUUAUAGAGACAGAAUCAAAGAUGAUUGAGAUAAAGACAAAUAUGCAGAGGCUUGAAGAAAAACUAUCAGAUAUGGAAACUGAGAAUCAAGUUUUGCGGCAGCAAACCUUGUUGAGUUCAUCAUCCAGGAAAAUGUCAGGGAAGUUUUCGCCUACUACAACUGUGCCCGCGGAAAAUGGUACGCAGGCAGCACAGGGUUCUGUUCCUGCAAAAACAUUUGGUGUAGAAGAUAAAAGGAAAUCUAUUAUGGAGAGGCAUCAAGAGAGUAUUGAGGCUCUUUUCAAAUGUGUGACAAAAGAUCUUGGGUUUUGUGAAGGAAAACCUGUGGCAGCAUUUACCCUUUACAAUUGUCUGCUACAUUGGAAAUCUUUUGAAGCAGAAAAGACAAGCAUAUUUGAUCGUCUUAUUCAACUGAUUGGUUCUGAAAUAGAGGAUCCGAACAACAAUGAUUGUAUGGCUUACUGGCUAUCCAACACAGCUUCUUUGUUUUUCCAUCUUCAGCGAUGUCUAAGAGUACCAACAGCACGGAAACCACCCACUCCAACAUCGUUUUUUGGGAGGAUGACCCAGGGUUUCCGCUCAUCUAAUAGUCUUUCCAGCAGUGCCUUUGAUGUAGUGCAUCAGGUUGAUGCCAAGUAUCCAGCUUUGCUUUUCAAGCAACAGCUUGCAGCAUAUGUGGAGAAGAUAUAUGGAAUCGUUCGAGAAAAUUUUAAGAAAGACUUGUCACCGAUGCUUUCUUCUUGCAUUCAGGCAGACAGAUCAUCAGAUGACAACAGCCAACAAACUGGUUCCUGGGUCAGCAUUAUCGAAUGCCUUAAUAAAUAUCUCAAGAUUUUGAAAGAUAACUAUGUGCCUCCUGUUCUAGUUCAGAAGCUAUUUAAUCAAGUUUUUCAGUACAUCAAUGCUGAAAUCUUUAAUAGCCUUCUUUUACAUCGAGAAUGCUGCACAUUCAAAAAUGGAGAAUAUUUAAAAUCAGGGUUGGGUGAAUUAGAGGUUUGGUGCAAUGAAGCAACGGAAGAGAGUAUUGGCUCAGCUUUGGAUGAACUCAAACAUGCAAAUCAAGCAGUUAGAUUCUUGGUUGCACCACAGAAGGAUGGGCUAUCCUAUGACGAUCUUACAAAUGACCUCUGCCCUGUCCUGAGUGCUCAACAGCUUCAUAAAAUAUGUACACUUUACUGUGACGAUGAUGACGAAAAACAAAAAAUAUCACCAGAUGUCACUACUAGAUUGAAGCUUCUAAUGACAGAUGAUGUAGAAGAAGAUGACAAAUCUUUCUUGUUGGAGGACAACUCAAGUCUUCCUAUUAUCGUUGAGGAGAUUCCUAGUUCUGCACAUGAUAAGACCGUUCCAAAAAUAAAACCUCCUGCAGAACUUCUUGAGAAUGCAAACUUCCAAUUUUUACACGAUUAUUGUUAGUCCUCUUGUGAUGCAGCUUAGCUUUUAAGGUUCAAAAUAUGUUCUCUGAUUCAACAUCAUGUUGUAAAUCCACCCACUCUCACCCUCGCCCCUCCCUUUGUUCUUAUUUUAUGUGGGCAUCCAUACUGUAUUGAUUGUGUUAGCAAAAAGGCAGGGUAGGUUUCAUAAUAUUUGUUAACAUUUUCUUUUGACCUCUAUUUUUAUUAGAUCAUAUGGAUGCUCACUUGGGGCGCAUAUUUUUUGUAUUAGUAUGAAGAAAGAAAAGUAACAUUUGUAAAAUGAUAGGAGUUGAUCCCUUAGAUUGUUCUUCUGCCCUUCAAUUUGGCAUUGUAGAAAGCAGUAUAUUACCAUCAAAUGCAAUGGUGAUAUUGGUCAUUUAUGUAAGAGCAUCAUACUUUGUAAUAUUGAAACAAUAUUUCAAUUAUGUGGAGAAUUGGUCGCUUUUAAGUUUCAAAUA